AUGCGGAAUCUGGCAUGGCUUCUUCCGGCACCCUUUGUCUUUACCCUGGCGAAUGCUCAGGGGCAGAAGCAAAAGAUGGAGGCGCCAAAGUGGCUGGACGACGAUGCCAAGGAUCUCUUUCACGACAUCGAGAAUGAUGAGAAUCCGCACAGCGACGCUGCCUGCGAGAGCCGCGAGAAGCUGCUGAAAGCGAUGGCUGGCAAAGGUGACUCCAGCGCCUCCAGCUAUCGAGCCCGCACUCUCUUAGGUUGCGGCCUUUGCGAGGUGAAGAAGGCGAAUUGGGUGAUGGCCAAGCGUCGGCUCGAGAGCGCCAUCUCUGAGAUGAAUGUGCCAAGUGAGGAGAUGAUGUUAAAGAACCCGGACCUCGCGCCCAUCGCCCUCACGAAGCAGGCGGCCGACUUCUUGAGGAAGUUUGAUCUCACCCAGGCCAGUGAAGGGUCACCGGACCGUGCCAGGAACGUGCACGGAAAAAAGUUCCGAAACGUGUUCCGCAAGCUGGCAAUGAGAGUGCAAAGCAACGCGUGCACUAAAUCAGAGUGCAAAUCAAGUAUCAAAUAUGCGCAAAGUCUGAUGCGGAGGCUGGAACUCAGCUGCGGCGGUGUCGGGAAGUCCUGGAAAGGAACGUGA